AUGGAUGCCAUCAGGCAAGCCAACAUCUACCCCACCUGUCGGUUGGACAAAAGCAGCCGGGCUGUGUACGAGCCGGAAGACGUGUGGGCGAAAAAGGCCGCUCUAGUCAGGCCAGACUCGCGGUCGCAUGCGAGUAGCGUGAGGGCGAGGGGAAUGUUCAAGCAGAAGGUUCUGGCCAUCAGCACAACCGGGGUGACCAAAGCGAACAUGGAUACGGUCGACCGAUUCAAGGAGACAGUCGCGGUGCUCAUGAGAAGCAAAGAGCGAGCGGCAGACAUCGGGAGGGCGGAGAGACGCGUGCUUCAGCCAGAAAUGGCACGCAGGAUGGACCGGAUGAACGCUGUCAAGAGGGCAGAAUUUGAGAAGCAGGUGCAACAGGCUGUGGAAAAGGUUGUCCAUGCCGCGAAGCGGCGUUACGUUCGGCGACAGGAGAAAUUGGAUGAUGCAGGAAUCUUCCACCCUCAGGCAAACGCGCAAAGGGUGCACACGCAGUUCUGGGCGGACCUCAACAACAACGUCAACAUCACAACGAUCGAGAACGAAGUAUGGGCGAGAAUGGCGGCGGAUGCGGAGCGUGGUGGCAGUCCGCCCCCAGGAAGCCCACACAACACGACCUCGACACUUGGUCGGCGCCCGCCCGCGACAGUCGCAACGUCGGGAAGCAGGACAACGGUGGCCGUGAACGACUCCGAGAGCGCGAGACCCUCCUCAAAAGACAGCUCCCGUCAAGGUGCCGCGGGUGGCUCGUCGAAGGCGGUGGCUUGGUCAGAUGACGAUGCAGCCAAGGACGCGGGCCCUCCAACCGGCAAUGACGCGGCGCUAUCAGCACCCUCGUCAGAAAUCUUUGCCGGCGUCCUUGGGUACGACGAACUCGGCCACGUUCCCACGCUGGACGAGUUUCGGUCGGAGUGGCCGAAAUUGAAGUCCCGGGCGGGCUUGAUGUCACCAACUAGCUCGGGGGAGAACAACGGACCCGGGGGCACUUCCAGGGACGAGGUCUUCCGGCACUUCAAGAAGUACUACGACAAGGCCGACCACCUGGAAGGGAGGCCCGGCGACGCGCUGUUCCCGGCCGGGGUCUGCCCGACGGGCGUUCUUCAGCCCGACUUCGGGGUCGUCGAAGCGGUGGGGCGACACACCGCCAAGGCGCAGGAGUGGCGGUGCCGCAGCCGCAUCGGGGAGGGCGUGCUGUGCCAACCCGGAGGUGGAUCCGAUGUGACUCGGAAAAGGUCGGGUGGGAGCGAUCGGACACAACGGCGCUCGAGGGAAGGAACUGGGGAUCUCGGCGACGGCGUUGGUCACUCCUCUGCAUCCGGUGGUGACGGUUUCACGAACGUGUUCCGGGAGUCAAUGCUAGGAGGCGAUGGUCGCAACGAGACGCCCCCCCAAGGGAGUGGGACGGUUUCUUUCACCCAUUCGAAGCGGGACGCGAACCGUGGGUCCGCGGGUUCCCGGCGAGGAAAUGGAGACACUAGCUGUAGCGCCGAAGGCACCUCAAGCGGGACUACCGGACCAAACCACGGCGGGAAAAGAGUGAGGGGUUUACGCCCCGGUGGCUCUGUGUGGGGUGUUGACAGCGUACGCGCCAAAGCCUCUUCCGAGGGAAGCUCUACAUCCGCAGAACUGCAAGCAAGACUGGAGGCGUCGUGGAGAGCACUGCACGUGCCUGCCCGGCUGAAGCUCGACUUCCUGCAAAAGUACUGCACCGUCCAGAGGAUUUUGGAUCUUCCGAAAACGGCGUUCUUUCUCGAGACGGCCAGCAAGGCUGUCCCGCUGAGAGAAAAGGUGAUCGACUACGUGCGUCGAAUUGAAGACGACGGAGAGUCGAUGACCACAUCGUCGGUGUUCUCCCCCGCCGAAGAAGACAUGCUCUACGAGCUGGACUGCUGGGAACAAUUCGACGCGUUUGCUGAGCGCGUUCUCCCAGACGACUCGAACGGCAACGAUGCGGACGACGACUCUGACGCUGAAUCUCAUGGCGGUGGUGAAAGCAAGGGAAGCGGUGCCGACGACGAUCCUGGGGACGGGCACGGGGACAAGGAAUCUACGGAGGAGGCCAGAAGACAGGCACAGCGUCGGAGAAGGCUAGAAAAGGAGGCGCGCCGGAAGGCGGCGGAGUCUUUGCUGGCGUGGCUGACGUCCAUCGAGUCGAAACUGGCGCUAAAGUGCGCGGAGGUCUGCGACACGGCUUGGUACGACGUGGGAGAGACGAUCACGUACAAGGGGCGGCCGGUCGCGUACACGAUACCAGCGGCAGUCAUGGAGACUGCAAUAAAGAGGCGAGAAGAUGGAGAGGACAGGGCCAAGCACGGCAGAAGAGCCCGAUAG